AUGGUUGACAAAUUUUCUCGGGUUAGUGAUGGUAGCAAUACCGUCGACGGCGUCGGCGAUACCCGCAUGAGUAACGUGGCGGUUCCCUUGGGCGAGUGUCCAGGGGUUGGAGGAGUGAAGAUUCACCUUCCCCGGCAAAACCGCAACGCCUCAGUGGAGGAUAUGAAGGAAGCGACCGUAGGAGAAGACAGCGAAUUCGGCAACAAUGGCACCGCGGGCCCUGCUAAAAGAGGCGACCAAACUGCGUCGAACCCGCAGUCCUUCCUGAAUCCCUCCGAGGAUUUGCGGCGCGCCGCACCAGGCGUCACUUGGGUCACAAGUGAAGAAGUCUGGAAGGAAUAUGACAAGGAAGACGACAAGGGCCUUUUGUUUAAUAGCAUACGAAAUAGGGCGAGACUGCGCCGCGGAUUUAUUGAAUAUAAGGGCACAGUAGCAGUGUGGAAAGGCUGUCCUAAGAUCGAGGAGUGGGCGAAGAAGGAAAACCUCAGACCUAACGAUAAGGUCCAUAUUACUAUGUCAAUAGUCCCUAAGGAGAUACAACGUAGUGCUGCCACGAAGCCGAUACCUGACACAAUGCGCCCUCAUCAGGACGAUCCAAUCUGGCAGGAAUUUCAGAGAUUCCGGGAGUUUCAAAGAUUUGAGACUUUCCGGCAAUGGGAACAGGCCGAUCAAGAUCAACAAUCUGUGCGGGAAUCCACCACGGGCGACCGUCAAUAUCAUACAGAGCCUCGGCGCUGGAGAGGUCGCGAUCGCGGUGGCCGUCGUAGCCGCCGUGCUGGCUUCAGAAGAUAA